UACCUAGUCUAACAGUGUAAUUGUGAAAUAACUGAUUGCAUGUGUAAUUCUAAACUCAUUAUGAAAAAAGAAAUCAUUCUCCUUUUAAAAUGUGCCUUAUAUGAUCAUGAUAAUGAUAAUAUAUCAUUUUUGAAACUUACUACUUGAGUUUUGAUUUUAUUCCUAAUUUUCAUAUCCCCAACGGCUUAUUUAUUUCAAAACAAUACUUCUCAUCAGAAUGACUUCACCUGAGGCCUCGGGAUUUGAUGAGAUCCAACAGAUCCAGGAAGCCCAAGACCGUCUCCAGAGAUCCCUGGAAGUCCUAAAAAUAAACCAUCAGCGGGAUCAUAUGAUGGUCCUGGAGCUUCUAGAAGAGGACAAAUUAAGGUUUGACGGUUUGAAACAAGAACUCGCUGACUUGAAAGAACUUCAUGAGAGGGAGAUGGGAAAUUUGAAAGAAGAGUUACUCAGCUCUAAAGACAAGACUGACUGCAGGCACCACGAAAGAAAAGAAUUUCAUGAUGCAAUAGAGGCUCGUCAUUCACGACUCCCCGAGGCGGAGCAGCAGCAGCAGAACAUGGAGAGGGAUGAGGACACCAUACUACUGAGCAGUCUUGGGAAAAUAAUCGGCAUGCUUUUAGUGGUUCUGACAUCCAUUUUAGUAUUCGUGUCCAUGGCGACUCAAUGAGUCAUCCUUCUUAAACCAUCCAGCUGAAUGCUUCGUGUGCCGUUUCUCUACGUCAUCUGAAAGUACAUGGAGGUCYGUUUCAAAUACGACCUUUGGCCUGCCUUUGCAGCACCUUAAAAAGAAAUAAAUAAAAAUCUCUGGAUGUGCAAUGAACAGCUUUGUGCUUUGAUACAGGUUCAACUUUUAGAGACAUGUCUGCAGAUUCUCAGUUUUAACCCUUAAAUUCAGAGUUGUAAAGUACAAAUACUU